GAAAAACAAUAUCAGAUCCGUUUAAGAGAUGAGGAAUUUAAUCUACUUUUUUUUCUUUUCUUAUUGUUGCUUCGUCUUACCCACUGCAUCUUCUUGAAAGUAAUUGAUAGUAUUGCUUAUGGAAUUUGGUAGUGAUUUUUUCGUGAACAAUUCCAUCCAAAAGUCAAUGUUUGAAUGUCGACGGGACUCGGGGUUGAGGGUAGGGAGAGAAGAAUGAACCAUUCCUGAGGCAUCUGUCGUUUAAUAACCCAUCAGUUUGAUUCAGACAAAAGUUAAAAACAAGGAACCGUAUCCCCACCAUUUACAAGCUGCUGAAAAAGUCGGGGUAUCUAUUUUGAGGAUUGUGUAAAUAGAAAGCAUGCCAAUAAUAUAUGCCAGUGCAUUCCGAGCGGCCCACGCGCAUACAUUUUCCUUUCCAUUUAUUUACUUUUUUCUCCCGAAUCACUCCAAUUUCAUCCAAAAAAUAUGCCGGAAAUCUAGCGAUUGUAGUGCAAGUUACUGUUAUACAACGAGACGAUGUCAAAUAGCAUGUGUUUAUGCUCGUGGAUCAUGUCAUUGACGUGAGAAAAUUUUGUCUUGUAAAAUCGAGUGAUUCUCUAGCACUUAUCCGUGUAUCAUUUUGACGUAACUACGCAAUACAUAUCUCAGGGACGCUGAGUGAUCAAGUGAAUGCCACAGAGUGAGAGAGAGAAAGAGAGAACAUAUUCAACUUGAGUGCCGCGGCAAGUGCAGUUAUACUCGAUGCCCACUGAGUCUCGUGUUCGUGGUAACAAGUGGAAUGGAUCGGCGAUCAAUUUAUUAUCAGGGAGGACUUGUAGUAGUUUAAUCUCCUUUACACCGCUAACGAGCGAUUGGAGUUACAAAAAACGCAAAACAUUUGACAUGUCUGUCUGAUAAUAAUUUCAUUUCGCUUCAACGGACUCUCGUAACCGACUCAUCUGCAUUAUUUUCUAUUAAUAUUUUCUCUGCUGUCAUGUUGAGAAGGCUGCGAGAAAGGAAAAAAACAUGACUAAAUAGAAUAGAGUUUUAUUACGACAACCCAACAUAUGCAAUGACAGUCAUUUCGACUCCGUGCCACCGGCAGAUCUCUCGCCAAAACGUGUCGCAAGUAAUUCGAUUCUCGAUCAUGAGCGUGAUUGUCAGUUUUAUUAUCAUCAUCAGUGCCAGCCAACGGCCUUGGUGUGAUACUGUAGUAAGAAAAGGAGUAAGGAUCCAUCAGCUUUCGUCGUUUGAAUAAAAAAAACUGAGUGAAUUUGUGGUGAAAGGAAGUGAAGCACUGGUGUCAAAUAACGCUCGAUUAUGGAUAGUUUGAUGAAAGAUUUUGUGAUAAAAAUUUGUGUAUGUGAUGUUAUAUGAUCGUUGAGUGACACACUGGGAGGAAUAACAAAAUGCAGACAUUUAGUAACCUUGCAUUUGGAAAUGUCUUCAAGAAAAAGAAUAACAAAGCCGCAGGCGGUUUACCGGGUGGCAGUACACCCCCACCUCCAACACUCAUCAACAAGAUCAAAUAUCAACCUGGUGGGCCUGUCAUUAAAAAGGACAAGCGACAAAGCAGUUCAAGGUUCAAUAUAUCGAAGAAUCGUGAAUUACAAAAAUUGGCUCCUUUAGCUGAGGCUCAACAACCCAACGAAAGGGAAGAGCUCUUCAUACAAAAGCUCCGUCAGUGCUGUGUACUGUUUGACUUUGAGUCUGAUCCACUGUCCGAUUUAAAAUGGAAGGAAGUCAAGCGUGGUGCUUUGUUGGAGAUGGUAGAGUACGUUACAAAGAACAAGGGUGUUAUCACCGAAUCUAUUUAUCCCGAAGCAGUAAAUAUGUUUGCUGUAAAUCUAUUUCGAACUCUACCACCGUCUUCAAAUCCAAAUGGUGCGGAAUUCGAUCCCGAGGAGGAUGAGCCUACUUUGGAGGCAGCAUGGCCGCACCUACAACUCGUUUACGAGUUCUUUCUGCGUUUACUGGAGUCUCAAGACUUUCAACCAUCUAUUGCCAAACGUUAUAUCGAUCACAAAUUUGUUUUGCAAUUGUUAGAGCUGUUUGAUUCUGAAGAUCCACGAGAGAGAGAUUUUUUAAAGACAACUUUACACAGAAUUUAUGGAAAAUUUUUGGGUCUCAGGGCGUACAUUAGAAAACAAAUAAAUAAUGUGUUUUAUCGAUUUAUUUAUGAAACUGAGCAUCAUAAUGGAAUUGCUGAGCUCUUGGAGAUUCUCGGAAGUAUUAUCAAUGGAUUUGCUCUGCCUCUCAAGGAGGAGCAUAAAAUAUUUUUACUGAAAGUGCUAUUACCGCUUCACAAAGCCAAGUCGCUAUCUGUAUAUCAUCCUCAACUUGCAUACUGCGUUGUUCAGUUUCUCGAAAAGGAUCCAAAUCUAACUGAACAAGUCAUUAAGAAUCUAUUGAAAUAUUGGCCGAAAACACAUUCACCAAAGGAGGUAAUGUUCCUUAACGAACUGGAAGAGAUACUUGAUGUUAUUGAACCAGCAGAGUUUCAAAAAGUAAUGGAUCCACUCUUCAGGCAAUUGGCUAAAUGUGUUUCGUCGCCUCAUUUUCAGGUCGCCGAGAGAGCACUGUAUUACUGGAACAAUGAAUACAUAAUGUCCCUAAUAUCCGACAAUUAUUCCUUCAUCCUCCCAAUAAUGUAUCCUGCAUUAUACAAAAAUUCACGCGAUCAUUGGAACAAAACGAUCCAUGGAUUAAUAUAUAAUGCAUUGAAACGUCUCAUGGAGAUGAAUCAAAAGGUAUUCGACGAGUGCACGCAACAGUACACUCAGGAUCAACAGAAAGAGAAGCGUAUGAUGAAAAAUCGUGAUGAUGCAUGGAGCAGAGUUGAAUUACUCGCAAUGAGACAUCCCAAUUAUAAUGCACUGUUCCAGGGUGCGCGGUACACUAAUCCUAAUCAUCAAUUGGAUAGUCCACCAUUGGAUGACGAUGCUGAUAAUGAUGCCAUUCCACUGACGCUGGAAAAAAUUGAAGCAAAAGCCAAUGAGGCCAAGAAGAUGACAAAUACGAACAAAGUAAAACCUCUGUUACGAAGAAAGAGCGAAUUACCACAAGAUUCUUACACGAUGCGUGCAUUAUCAGAUCACAAGCGUGCAGAUGAAUUUCUCGUAACACCACCAGAUCCGAACAACUGCUAGUCCCUGCCAAAUUCACAUUUGAUCAAUCCCCUCUUUUGUAACAAAAAUCCCAGGUCUAAUUAUUGUAUUGAUUUCUUAUCGCAGACACAAUUGUUGACACAAUCACCGUAAAAAAUGUGAAAGAAAAAAAAAAUAUCGUUGGUAGAGAUACAUUAAUACAACGUUUAAGUAAACGUGCCCAAUUCCUCGAGUCUAAUGACAAGGCUGAGGCACUCCAAGUGGUUAUGGAUUUCUUCUCUUUUUCGGAGAUGAAAAUUAUGAAAAUUUAACACCUGCUGUCUUCGAUAUAUUCUUUCUAUUUUUAAGAAAAUGUACAACAAUUAUUGUGGAGAGUUUCAGUUUUCCUCCUCCAUAAUUGUAGGGGCGGGGGGAGGGGGGUAGAGGGAGGAGGUAAGGUGUGGUUUAGUGAAAAUUUCUGGGAUAUCACGAAAGCUGAAGACGAAAAAAAAAACAAAUUGCCAAUCACGUGUGAGCUUUGAAUGUCAACUCUGAAUAAUCUUCAUUACAUCAUUGCCCCGACUUACGCUCCAUUGAUGCAUUCUCAUGAGUCGUUGACAUAGAAUUAUCAUAAUAACAAAUACAACUAAUACAUGAAAGUUGUAAAUAAUCAAGGUGACUUGCUUAAAAAUUAAAUGUCAUUUGGUCACUAGAUUUUGUUUCAUUUGGACUUAUCACGUCAUCUUCAUGGGACAAACAUUACGGAGUGGAAAAAAUAUAUAUAUAUAUUGGCAACAAUGCUUUAUAAUGUAGAAAGAGUUGAAGAGAGCAUACCCAUUAUUUCACAAAUAUAAAAAUACGAAAAUGAAUUUGGAA